AUGAGCUGGAACAGACAUGGUGGUGGUGGACGGAGGAGGAACAACAGAGAUGAAUACGAUGACCGCCUGGGACGUGAGGUGUAUGAAACACCUGAGCAGCAUCUGAGGACUACGAUCAUUCAUUAUGGCAAUGUGGAUGCCGACCAGGAGCUUGCAAGGGUGGCAAAGGAAAUUCGUGAAGAGAAUGCUAGGUCUUCCAACGUCCCUGCUAUAGCAGAAGGUUUUCGAAUAGGAGUGACAGAAGAACCGUACAAAAUUCCUCACUAUGCAGCCCUCCUGCGCGCUUUAGAUGAAGGCGCAGAAGGUACAACCGAUACUAUGCUGGGAAAACAGGUUCUGGAUGAUUUCUGGAAGGGAUUCCAAGGAUUCUUGGAUAAAUUGGCGUGGAGGCAAAUCAGGCUUUGUGUCCACUUCUUCGCGCAUUUGACGAGUGCACAAGUCAUUUCUGUAUCUUCCUUGCUUUCAUUGUUGCAAUCGUUUACGGCUGCCUUGGAGGAGUUUGGUGUUUCUCAUAGCCGAGCUAAGAAUGCCGCUCUUUGUGCGGCGGAGGGCCUUAUGAGGGCAGGACCGGAGUUGAAAAGCCAAUCUCCUUCAGAAGUCACAGAGAUCAUUUCUGCCAUUCAGACGUACGCCGAGACGUCUUCUGGAAGUAAACUUCUGGCCAGUCCGUUAGUAAAGCUACACACCGAGUCCGAUGCAUUCGAAGGAACAUCAGAGCUUCUGGAUAAUGCAAUCGCCGUGCUCAAGUCACUUGAUGAGAACGACUUUUCCGACUGCGAUUCGAGCUUUUUGAAACCGUAUUCAGUCAAGUCAGAUGAUCCUGCUCCGUACUUUGACCUGCCUUCAGUGCUUGUGCCUCCCGAAGCCAUUGAGCUUGAAAGUCUCACCGGUGUUGCAGAAGAUAGUGCAGCUGUGGUUAAAAAUGAGGAAUGGCCCGAAUACCGUAUACGCACUUUUGCCAACGAUAUGACUGCUGAUCCCACGACGGUGCUCGGCUAUGCCGUCAAUGUCCUCAUCUCCGAUGUUAUUGACAUCUUCGAAGUAAAUAGGAAGGAAUGUGCUAGGUUCCUCUUUGAGCUUCCUAAAUGGUUGCCGUCCGGUACUUUCAAGCCAAGGCCAGGCGUGCCAAGUGAGAACGGUGCUGCAAGUGGACCAUUAUGGCAGCUUGAAAGCUGUAUCAUGGAAAGUAUCCUCGCAAAGAUGCUUGUCCUCCCAAGACCGUUACACAGGCCGAUGUACUACAUAGCAUUGAUUACUGAGCUCUGCAAGCUGCAGCCAUCGACAACCGGGCCCGCGGUGGGCAAGUCAAUACGAAAGCUCUAUGGUUAUCUCGUCGAUGGUCUGGACGUAGCAGCUGCUCAUAGGUUCACAGAAUGGUUUGCGACACACAUGAGUAAUUUCGGUUUCCAAUGGGUAUGGAAAGAAUGGGUUCCGGAUCUGUCAUUGCCAAGCCACCAUCCAAAACGCAACUUCAUCCGCCGAGCGAUCGAAAUCGAGAUACGACUUGCAUAUUUUGAUCGGAUACAGAAGACGCUUCCGGAGGCUUAUCAAGCUCCAGGAACUGAUGCUCUGCCUGAUGAAGCCCCAGGACCUGAGUUUACAUAUGAUGAUCCUCGAAACCCAUACCAUGAACCUGCUGAGCAGCUGCUUAACCUCUUACGUGGUCGUGCAAAGGCCGAGGACGUUAAUACGCACCUCGAUACGCUGAAAAGCACCGUUGCGGAUUUGUCCGAAGGUGACGUCCGUGUUGACGCUGUUGUGCGCUCGAUCACAGUCCAAGCUUUGUUACACAUCGGGUCUCGUUCGUUCUCCCACUUCCUUAACGCCAUUGAGCGCUACCUGCUCCUUUUACGUACACUUUCGAGUGGAGCGGAGGCGAAGCAAGACAUCCUCAAUGCCGUGGCACAGUUUUGGCAACGUAACCGCCAAAUGGUACGCAUUGUCUUUGACAAGCUCAUGCAGUAUCAAAUUGUCGAUCCGUCGGAUGUCAUUGCUUGGGCUUUCUCGCCGCAUCCUCAGGACGAGGACACGAAUGUAGAGCGAAUUGAUACGUUCCGAUGGGAGAUUAUUGAGAAUGCGUUGGAUAAAGCGAAUGGACGUGUGAUGAUUGCUAGAAAGAAGGUAACUACGUUAAGGAAAGAGGAGGAUGAUAGUCGGGCGCGUUCGACAUACACAGCUUUGGAAGAGAAACCUGCGGAGGACUCACCAGCGCUUAGAACUGCGCUCAAAGCGUAUUCAACCUUAUCGAGCGAGCAGCGUGCAGUACUGUCAAAAACACUUAACGAAUUCGUUAACGCUUUGUCGGAUACAAGUGCCGUCCUCACCGAGUCCUCCUGGGACAAUCGAUCGAAUUGGACGAACACGGAGUGGAAUAUUUGGGAAACGUGGGGAUGGUACCGCAACUUCUGUCGACUGUUUGCCCCGUAUCUUCGUGCUUAUUCGACUGCGCUGGGGACGGUCGCGUUCGCCAAGGUGGAAAGCUCAGAAGACGAUGCAGCUAAGCUCCUCAAGCGUGUAUGGAAUGUUUCUACAGGCCAGGAGGCCUAA